AUUAAUAUCUUCAAAUUUAAGGAGAUCAUUGCAAACACCGAUCAAGAGCUAAAGAACCACUUCAAUCUACCGUUCGAGGCAUCCAUCGAAUCACGAUCGAAGUUGGUCUUUAUGCGAGAGCCGGUACGUGAUGCCAAUUUGACAUUUAUUCAACCAGGAGACGUCUACUCUCUUGACCCUACAACCAGUGAUAGGCAACACGUCUUGUACGAAGGAAGAAGAUGGAGGAAGAUGCCGUGAUAAAUGUGGAGUUACACUUAAUCAUGACAUUUCCUGAAUGCACAAGCAUCACAUGUAUUAACGCAGAACAUUUCCUUAAGGCAAUAUACUGGCGGUCCGGUGUAGUGUGUGAGAUAAGGACACAACAAUAUGACACCCUAUCUCUCGAUCGAGUGUCACAAUGCGAUGUGUGUCAAAACCCGAGUAUUGAUGAGACAUUGGAUAGCUAUUUUUUCCGUACAUAUGGUGGAAUGCCAGGACGCGGCACGAGUUGUAAAGGAACAGAGCGAUCAUUUAUGAAUCACCACGGUCAUGACACCCACAGGUG